CGCUCGGAGGCGGCGGCGGCGUCGGCAAGAUGGAGGCGGCGUCGGGCUCGCUGGUGGCGGCGUCGCUGCUGCUGGGCGGCCUCGUGCUGCUGCUGCUGCUGCUCCUGCUGCGCCUGCGCGGCCCAGCGGAGGCCCGAGGGGAGGAGGCGGCGGAGCCCGGCGGCGAUCGGACUGUGAACGGCGACGCAGCCAGCAAAACGUCUCUCCUGAAGAAGCAGAAGCAGCAACAGCGCAUCCGGAAGGAGAAGCCGCAGCAACACACCUUCAGCCACCCGCUCCUGGCGGCGGCCCUCAAGGGCCACAGCGGGAGCGUCAGCUGCCUGGACUUCAGCAGCAAUGGGAAGUACCUGGCGUCCUGCUCCGACGACCGCACGGUGCGCAUCUGGAGCACCAAGGACUUCCUGGAGCGGGAGCACCGCUGCAUGCGGGCCAACGUGGAGCUGGACCACGCCACCCUGGUCCGCUUCUACCCAGACUCCAGAGCUUUCGUGGUCUGGCUCGCCAACGGCGACACCAUCCGGUUCUUUAAGAUCACGAAGAAAGAGGACGGCAGCUUCACAUACGUGGCGGUUCCGGAAGAGUUCCCAAAGCACCACAAAGGCCCCGUCAUCAACAUUGGCGUGGCCGACACAGGGAAGUUCAUCAUGACGGCCUCCAGCGACACCACCAUCCUCAUCUGGGACAUGAAGGGGGAAGUCCUGGCCACCAUCAACACCAACCAAAUGAACAACACCUUCGCAGCCGUGUCGCCGUGUGGGAGGUUCGUGGCCUCGUGCGGCUUCACCCCCGACGUGAAGGUGUGGGAAGUGUGUUUCAGCAAGAGCGGCGAUUUCCGGGAGGUGACCAGGGCCUUUGAGCUGAAGGGGCACACGGCCGGCGUGUGUUCCUUCUCUUUCUCCAACGACUCCAGGCGGAUGGCAACGGUGUCAAAGGACGGCACGUGGAAACUGUGGGACACGGACGUGGAAUACAAGAAGCAGCAGGACCCGUACCUGCUGCUGACGGGGAAGUGCCAGGUGAUGGAGCCGUGCCGCGUUGCGCUGUCUCCCGACGCCCGGGCGCUGGCCAUCUCCAGCAGCACCAACAUCUUUGUUUACAACACCCAGCGGGGCGAGGAGGAGGAGCGCUUCGAGGCCGUCCACGGGGAGCACAUAACGGACUUGGCCUUCGACGUGAGCAGCCGCUUCCUGGUGUCCUGCGGGGACCGGGCCAUCCGCGUCUUCCACAACACGGCCGGCUACCGGGCCGUGGUGGAGGAAAUGAAAGCCCUGCUCAAAAAGGCCACGAACGAGUCGACCAAGCAGAGACUGCAGCAGCAGAUCGCACAGGCCCAGAGCGCCCUCGACGGCAUCUAUGGCCGGAGCAAAAACUGAGCCCCCCGUUCCAGAGGGGGACAGGUUCUUCUGGGCAGACUCAGGGCUAGAAUUGGAAUCAUGCAGGGCAAGAGCUAAUAAAAAUGAUUUUUGCACAA